AUGUAUUGCAAUGGCUAUGGAUUGACUAAGCCUUCAGGCAAAUGUCUCGAUGGGUAUUUCUGCCCUCCUGGUUCGAAAUCACCAACUCCUCCUAACGGAUUAUGCCACCCCGGCUCGUUCUGUCCAAAUGGGACAGAAUUCCCACUACCUUGCCCUCCAAGGACUUUCAACCCUACAAUUGGUGCAAGUGACAUAUUUGCUUGCAUUCCAUGCUCACCAGGUAUGUAUUGCAGCGAGGAGAACAAUACCAUACCAGAUGGACCUUGUAGCGCAGGUUUCUUUUGCCUAGGGGGAUCGAAUUCUAGUUCACCUGAAGGAACGUUUGGAAACAUAUGCCCGACCGGUUCGUUUUGCCCUACAGGAUCCUAC